AUGAAGUUUACCUUGCUGACCGUUCUGGCGGCUGCAGUUGCCGUUCCCGUCACUGCCGAAGUUUAUCUGAAGGAACAGUUCAACGACGAGGCAUGGACAUCCCGUUGGACGGAAUCCAAGGACUGGAAGCCGGAAAGCGAUAUGGGUACCUGGAAGCACACCGCCGGUGAAUGGUACAGCGACGAAGCCGACAAGGGUAUUCAGACGUCGGUGGACGCUCGCUUUUUCGGCAUUUCGGCACCUCUCGAUAAACCGUACACCUCUUCCAAAGACAAGGACUUGGUCAUUCAAUACAGCGUCAAACACGAACAGGAUUUGGACUGCGGUGGGGCCUACAUUAAGCUCUUGCCGGGCGGAAAGUCCUUCCAGCCAGCGGCCUUUGGGGGUGAAUCACCCUACGCCGUCAUGUUCGGACCGGAUAUUUGCGGAAGCUCCAACAAGAAAACUCACGUUAUUCUGCACUCCAACCAAAAGGACGAAAACUUGCUGAUCAACAAGCAAGUCAUGUGUGAAUCCGAUAGCGUUACCCACCUGUAUACUCUGGUGGUCCGUCCCGACAACACCUUUGAAGUCUUUGUGGACAACAAGUCGGUUCGGAGUGGAAAUCUGGCGGACGAAUUCGAUUUCCUGGAGCCCAAAGAAAUUAAGGAUCCCGACGCCCAAAAACCGGAAGACUGGGUGGAUAAGGCCAAGAUCGCCGACCCCGAAGACAAAAAGCCGGAGGGCUACGACGACAUCCCCCAAGAACUCCCCGACCCGGACGCAGUCAAACCGGACGACUGGGACGACGAGGAUGAUGGCGAGUGGGAAGCACCCAUGAUUGAUAAUCCGGAAUACAAGGGACCGUGGAAGCCAAAGAUGAUCGAGAACCCGGACUACAAGGGACCUUGGGUUCAUCCCAUGGUUCCCAACCCGGACUACAAGGACGACGACGAAAUGUUCAUGGUCUGCAAGGACACAUGCACACACGUAGGAUUCGAGCUCUGGCAAGUCAAAACUGGAACUCUGUUCGACGAUAUCAUUGUGACCGAUAGCUUAGAAGAAGCACACGCAUUUGCGCAAGAAACCUUCUUUAAGAAGAAGGAUGGAGAGAAGGAAAUGUACGACAAGAUUCAAGCUGAACGACAGCCGGAGAUGCCCGAUAUGGUAAGUGGCGAGACUCUUUCUUACUGA